AAACUAAAAGCUCUCAAAAACCCGUCUCCUCCCUCCAAAAUUUAAAAACUCAAAAAUCCAAACUCACACGCCCAUAUUGAUGUUUAUAUAUACCAGAGAUGAAGUCUAUGAUCUCAACGUUCUCUUCUCAACUCUCCACACAAUUCCCAAUUUUCAUCAGAUCUUCAUCAAUCCCAAAGGACCCAAACUCCGAUUUUCUCUCUCUAAAUCGUUCCAUGUCUUCCUCACUCAAAUACCCGGUUUCUCUGAGCUUGGUUGACGGCGGUGGUGACCGGAUGGGACCGUUACGCCUUCCUUCCGGCGAGAUUCAUGUUAUUGUUGGACCAAUGUUUGCUGGAAAGACUACGGCUCUUGUUUGUCGAAUCAAAUCCGAGUCCAACAGUGGCAGAAAUAUAGCGAUGAUAAAGUCGAGCAAGGAUACAAGAUAUGCUGUUGAUUCGGUUGUGACACAUGAUGGGACAAAUUUCCCCUGUUGGGCCUUGCCAAAUCUUUUGUCAUUUAGAGAGAAAAUUGGAGCUGAAGCUUAUGAUAAGUUGGAUGUGAUUGGUAUUGAUGAAGCUCAAUUCUUUGAUGACCUCUAUGAUUUCUGCUGCAAUGCUGCUGAUCAUGAUGGAAAAACUAUAAUAGUUGCUGGUUUAGAUGGUGACUACUUGAGAAGGAGCUUUGGUUCUGUGCUUGACAUAAUACCCCUAGCUGAUUCCAUAACCAAGUUAACAGCUCGAUGUGAGCUUUGUGGCAAAAGGGCCUUUUUCACUUUGAGGAAGACGGAUGAAACAAAGACGGAACUUAUUGGUGGUGCUGAUGUCUAUAAGCCUGUUUGCCGGCAGCACUAUGUCAAAGGACAGGCUGUUAUUGAAGCAGCAAGGGUUGUCCUGGAGUCUUGUAAAGAUAAGAGUGAUUCAUGCCUUGAGAAAGUAGGAGUUGUUUAGUUAAUAUAGCUGGCUUCUUCAAAUUCUAAUAUGUUUUUAAGGGCUUUCAACUUAUUUAAAUCAGUUUGUUUGAUUAACAUGUUGAAUUUGGGUGU